UUGAAAGAGUUUACUCGCUUGCCACCUUCUUUCUUUUUAGAAUAUUAUUGAGGCACAAUAAUCAUAUUAUAUGCGCAAUAUAGACCUAUGGGUAAAUAACAAUUGUCAAUGUAAACCAGAUAUUUUCUCUAGUUUUUCUGUAGAGAUAGUUUAAAUUAAAACUUAAGCAGUAAGUUAGCGUAGCACAACCUCCUCAACGAAUUGGAACGCAGCCUAAUGGCGCCAGUGUUUGAAAACUGGGCGCGUCAUACUGUUUUGUGUUGAUCUGGUUCUAGAUUUUGUGUGCAUUUCUUUUAGUCUGUUUAGCCUUAAUUCAUUUAGCUGUGGUGAAUAAUGGGUGUUCACAAUUUGUGGUCUAUCGUUGAGCCGGUUCGUGAGUCGGUUCCGCUGUAUAGUUUGAGUGGAAAGACGCUGGCAGUUGACCUGAGUUUAUGGGUGUGCGAAGCUCAGCAUGUUCAGGCAAUGGUGGGGAGAGUUACGAAGCCCCACUUGAGGAAUUUAUUUUUCAGGGUGUCGUCUCUCACGCUGAUGGGAGUCAAAUUGGUUUUUGUCAUGGAAGGAGAAGCUCCCAAACUUAAAUAUGAAACGAUGAGUAAAAGGACAGAAGCAAGGUACGGAGGAUUCAAAAAGACUUCUGCCUCCAGGUCUGCCAACACCACCAGCAGAGGGCGCUUCAAUGCUGUACUUCGUGAGUGUGCAGAGAUGUUGGACUAUUUGGGUGUUCCUUGGGUGACAGCUGCUGGAGAGGCCGAGGCCAUGUGUGCCUUUUUGGACUCACAGGGCCUGGUGGACGGCUGCAUCACCAACGAUGGAGAUGCAUUCUUGUAUGGGGCCCAGACCGUCUACAGGAACUUCAAUAUGAGCAGUAAAGACCCCCAGGUAGACUGUUACCAGACUUCUCGACUUCAAAGAGAGUUGCAUCUCAGCAGAGACAAUCUUGUUGGUCUAGCCAUUCUCCUUGGCUGUGAUUAUAUUCCUAAGGGCAUACCAGGUGUUGGGAGAGAGCAGGUCGUGAGGCUUAUACAGACACUGAAAGGGCAAUCGCUUCUGCAGAGGUUCAUCCAAUGGAGGGAGGAAAAUAUAGAUAUGGCAGAUGGAAUUAUAAAGAAGGUUUCCCACUGUAACAUAUGUCGACAUCCCGGUUCGGCCAAGGCACAUGAGCGUGGUGGUUGUGCUCUUUGCAACAGUCAACGAUUCUGCCAACCUCAGGACUUUGAUUAUCAGUGUCCCUGUGACUGGCAUCACUAUGAAAAUACCCGUCAGGCCUUGUCUUUUGAGGCAAACAUCAAGAGGAAAACACUGGCAUGCCAACAGUUUCCCUUUACAGAGAUCAUAAAUGAGUUUUUAAUAUCCAAGGACACACUUGUGUCUCAUUUCAAGAGGCGGCAACCAAAUAUGUUGUUGAUGCAGAAAUUUGCAUUUGACAAGACGGAGUGGCCGAAGCACUACACCAGUGAAAAGGUUUUAGUCUUAAUGACCUACACUGAGUUGAUGAACAGAAAACAUGGCAGAGACAUUCCCUCUCAAAUCAAGCCUAUCCGAAUAUUGAAACCAAGGGUGAGGAAUGCAGCGGCUUGCUUUGAAGUCAUCUGGAGCACACCAGAACAUUACGUGUUUCCAGAGGAUCGAGUGGCAGAGGACCAACGUGAGGUGAGGACAGUGGAGGAAGAGUCUCUUUUUCGAGUGGCUUUCCCAGAAAUAGUAGAGAACUACAUGAAAAGCAAGGCUCUGGCUGAAGAGAACAAGACCAAAAAAAAGAAACCAAGAAGUAAAAAGGAAAAACCAUCAGAUGUGUCCGACAGUGUUUCCGAUCUCUUGGCUCAGAUGACUCUUCAGAGCUCUUCCUCAGUGAAUGCCACUCUUCAGCCACAAACUCUGCUCCCAACUACUUUAAACACACAUAAAACAGAAGUCCUGAUUUCAGACACUCCAGUUAGACAUAAGCAGCUUCGGAGGGAAAAAGAAGGCUGCAGCAGUCCAAGUAAUCCACUGUCUUGUGCUGAAUCAGAGGCUGCUUCUUCGCCUUCUGUCUCCGCUGUUAUUGAUGCAUUACAUCUAAGUGAUAUCGACUGGGAGGCUUUGUCCUUCACAUCCUCUCCUGCUUCACAAGCAAACCACAUCACAGAGCCUGGCCAAAAGAAGACCCCAGUGACUAAUGAAACACAGGGUGAAAACACAGAGCAGGAAUCCUCAAAUGAGGUCGAACAGGUAGACUCCAGAUCUGCUCAAAUGCUGUGUUAUACUGAGUGUUCUCUAAGGGACAGGGUGCUGAUGAGGAAUCCAGCCAAAGCUACGCAUCAGAUGGAGAAAUACAGUGGUGUGUACUCAAACCAUCUUAACUAUGAUUUAGCCUCUCCUGAAAAUCAAUCACUGGGAAAGUUUAUUGGGCAAAGUUCCAGUAAAGGUAGUAACAACAGCAAUGUGAUAGGGAAUAAAUCAGCUUUUAAUGAAGAGGAAAUAUCAAACAAAAGCCAGCUUAAAACAGAAACUAAGAAUUUGAAAGAACAGCAAAUUCCGGCACUACAAGCUCAAAUUAAGAUGAUGGAGAAAUCUGAUGGCUCCAAAAAGCCUUCUCAUAAAUAUAAAUUUGCAAAACCAGCUUCGUCUUUAUCGUUUGCUCCACCUGAGAGGUGCCACUCUGACCCAGGUCAAAGUGACAAAAAGAACAUAAGCGUGCCACAGAACACCAAGAAGAGUGUGUGCAUGAGUGUGUGUUCAUCCAGUGAGGACAGUGAUGCAGAAAACCAACACUCUGGACCUCACAGGUUGACAAAAACAAAACCCAUUACUAUGGUCAACAACAGCUUCAUUUCAAAGUUUCCUCUGAAACCCAUUUCUGUCACUAAAACACCAAAACCAAAUGCAGACGCCGCCUACAAGCCUCGGAUGAUAGGACCAACAUGUAAGAGUUGCGUGGAAGUGGCUGAAAACAGCAGACCUGUACCAGCUAAAAACGAAUAUCAGGAUGUCCAAACAGCCAAAGUGGAAGAUGAUGUGUUUGCUCAGACUCCAGCUUCACCUGUAACUAUACUGGAUAGUGACGAUUCGGUAAUUUGUAGUGAGAGUCCCCUGCCACUAGCUGAGAGACUGAGACUGAAGUUUCUGAAAUGAGAAGAAUGAAGGACAAGAACACGUAAUUCCUUGAUUUCUUCAGCGUGAAAGUUCCUUCAAAACAUUGGAAAUCAGUCCUGAGUGACACAAGCAGCUGUUCACAUCCUGUUUGCUGUUUAAGAAUUUAGGGAUCAUAUGAGCCAUUUUCAAACAGAAAUGUAAAACUUUGACAGUUUUAGCUUCCAAUUAUGAAAUCUUUAUACUUUUGUUUUUCCUACGUUUAUAUUCUGUUUAUAUGUUAUAUAAAGGACUGUUGUUCAGAUGUCAUCAGGCUUUAAUGUUAUUGUGACCAACCUAAUAUUUUUUAUGUAAAGAAUGUG